UGUAGAUGAAAGGAUUUACACUCCGGAGGUUGAAGCAUCAGCUACACCAGUGGUUGGAAUGCAAUUUACCUCUAUUGAACAAGCAUAUGCGUUUUACAAAUCAUAUGCUAAGUUAGGUGGUUUUUCUACUCGGAAGGGUGGUGAAGUACACAGUGGUGGUAUAACCAAAACUAAGUAUUUUGUUUGUUCUAAAGAGGGUCAUAAGGCAGUGUGUAUUGAAGAUCGUUCUUCGAAGUCCAAAAAGCCAUACAAAUCAAGGAACAGGGGGACCAUUAGAACUGGAUGCAAAGCUCAUCUUAUGAUUUGCACAGUGGAUGGUAGAUUAUAUACAGUAAAGAGAUUUGUUGAUGGCCAUAAUCAUAAGUUUGUAUGUCCAGAUGAUAUUCAUAUGCUGCCAGCUUACAGACAAUUGUCAGAUGUCCAGGAGGAGGAGAUGGUAUGGGAACUAGGCACUUUAAACCUUGGUCCUGUCAAAGCUUUCCAUAUAAUGAGGAAACGUUAUGGUGGUUUCGAGAACGUUGGUGCCACGGUUGAUGAUUGCAAAAAUUUUAGGAAUCGAAUUAACAGCUAUAUAGAAGAAUGUGACGCUGACAUGGUGAUUAAUAGGAUGGCCGAUAAAAAACAGUAUUUAGCUGAUUAUUCGUUUAAAUAUUCUGUUGAUGAUGAAAAACGGUUAACUGGUUUGUUUUGGGCUAAUGGGUUAUGCAAGCCUAACUAUAUAGAGUUUGGGGAUGUGAUAUCGUUCGAUGCAACUUUCAAGAUAAACAGGUACAAGAUGGUGUUUGUUCCGUUCACUGGCAUUGACAACCACUGUUGAAAUGUAACCCUUGGAGCUGGGUUGUUGUCAUCGGAGAGCAUUGAAUCCUAUAAAUGGAUUCUGAAUUCAUUCUUAAAGUCAUUUGGUCGGCAGCCAAAGGUUGUAGUGACGGACCAAGACCCUGCUAUGAAACAUGCUAUUGAGGAGGUUUUUCCUACCAGCAGACACCGAUUGUGCAUGUGGCACAUAAUGAAAAAAGUGGCAGAUAAGGUUGGACACGAGUUGUGCAAUAAUGAUGAGUUUAAAAGGAGGAUGUGCGACAUUGUAUGGACUGAUUCCAUUGAGCCUGAAGAAUUCGAGAGGCAGUGGAAGUUGGUGAUGAUUGAGUUCGGUCUCACUGAAAACAAAUGGAUUGAUGAUAUGUUUUCGAUGAGAAACAUGUGGAUUCCGGCUUUUUACCGGCAUGAGCCCAUGUCUGGUCUCAUGCGAACAACUUCGAGAUCAGAGAGCGAGAAUCAUUUUUUUGCCAGGUGUCAAAUUCACAACUCACUCUUGUAGAGUUUAUGAAUCAUUUUGACGGUGCAAUGGAUGUCCAAAGGUUCAAUCAUAGAAAGAAUGAUCAUAUUUCAAGAUAUACUGAGCCUGCUAAUUGGAGCGAAACUACAUUGGAAAAAAAUGCUGCUAAGAUAUACUCAGCAAAUAGAGAUUCAUGGAACAAUUUCCGAAUGUCUGCCGAUGGACAGAUCAGGAUAUUGAUGAAAGACUUUAAAGCCCAUGGUGAUGGUUUAUUAGAGGUGUGGUUCAAGAAUCUUGAAAAUGAUGUAACUGCACAGUGUAGCUGUUUGCGUUUUGAGUAGUAUGGGCUGCUAUGUAAACACAACUAUUUUCUUUUCAAGAUGUUUGGUGUUAAAAAAAUACCAAACAAAUAUGUUAUGAAGAGAUGGACAAAGGAUGUGGUGCCGAAUGAAUUAAAUGUGAAGUACAAUUUAAGGGUGGGUGACAAGGAUGUGCAACACAAGGCUAAACGGAUUGCUCGUGAAAUUAUCCACACAGGGGAGUAUUUGGUUAGCAAUUUGAUUUCCGACCUUGAUCAACUUGUUUUAGUGAGGGAUCAAAUGAUGCAGCUUAAAGAGAGAGCUUAUCAGAGUCGUAUAACCAAGCAACUUGAUCCAAAAUUUGACCGAUUUUCCAAGUUGAUUGGUUAUCAACAACCAGUAACUAAUGCUCCUCCUACUGUUCGUGUGCCGGCUGGUAUAAGAAACAAAGGUCGUGGCUCGCAUAAAAGGAUUAAAUCCAAGAAAGAACAAAGGAUCAGCCGCAAAGGAAAAAGGUCUAGGACAUGUUGUGUAUGCAAUGUAAGAGGUCAUGAUAUUCGGACUUGCGAGAUACUGAAAGGCAAACAACAAGGCAAACAGCAAAAGAAGAAGAUGAAGGGCGUCCAGAUUGAAAAAGAUCCCAGAGACAAAGACAACGAGGUCGAAGACGAUGAAGAGGAAGAUGAGUUUGAAGAUUACAGUAGUGAUGAUGGAUCUGAAGAAGAAGAAGAAGAAGAUCAGUGGGAGGAGGUUUUAGAAGAUGAUGAGGAAGAUUAGUUUUUUUAAAUGUAAAUGCGAUUUUAUACGAAACACAUGCGAUUUUAUACGAAACACAUGCGGUUUUAUAUU